AGGAGGAAGAGGAGGACCAACGGGCACCGGCCGGAAGGCAGCUGGCAGCAGGCCUAGGCGAGCGGGCACCCGCGUUCAUGUUCCGCCAGGAGCAGCCGCUGGCCGAAGGCAGCUUCGCGCCCAUGGGCUCCCUGCAGCCGGACGCGAGCAACGCUAGCUGGAACGGGACCGAAGCCCCAGGGGGUGGCGCCCGGGCCACCCCCUACUCCCUGCAGGUGACGCUGACGCUGGUGUGCCUGGCCGGCCUGCUCAUGCUGUUCACGGUGUUCGGUAACGUGCUUGUCAUCAUUGCCGUGUUCACAAGCCGCGCGCUCAAGGCGCCCCAGAACCUCUUCCUGGUGUCUCUGGCCUCGGCCGACAUCCUGGUGGCCACGCUUGUCAUCCCUUUCUCGCUGGCCAACGAGGUCAUGGGCUACUGGUACUUCGGCAAGGCGUGGUGUGAGAUCUACCUGGCGCUCGACGUGCUCUUCUGCACGUCGUCCAUCGUGCACCUGUGCGCCAUCAGCCUGGAUCGUUACUGGUCCAUCACCCAGGCCAUAGAGUACAACCUGAAGCGCACGCCACGCCGCAUCAAGGCCAUCAUCGUCACCGUGUGGGUCAUCUCGGCCGUCAUCUCCUUCCCGCCGCUCAUCUCCAUCGAGAAGAAGGGAGGCACUGGUGGCCAGCAGCCGGCCGAACCGCGCUGCGAGAUCAAUGACCAGAAGUGGUACGUCAUCUCGUCGUGCAUCGGCUCCUUCUUCGCGCCCUGCCUCAUCAUGAUCCUGGUCUACGUGCGCAUUUACCAGAUCGCCAAGCGCCGCACCCGCGUGCCGCCCAGUCGCAGGGGUCCUGAUGCCGCCGCCAAGCUGCCGGGGGGCGCCAAGCGCAGACCCAACGGCUUGGGCCCGGAGCGCGGCGUGGGCCCCGUGGGCGCCGAGGCGGAGUCGCUGCCGGCCCAGCUCAACGGUGCCCCGGGGGAGCCCACGCCGGCAGGGCCGCGGGACGCCGACGCGCUGGACCUCGAGGAGAGCUCCUCGUCCGAGCACGCCGAUCGGCCCCCGGAGACCCGCAGGUCCGAGCGCGGCCCCCGGGCCAAGGGUAAGGCCCGGGCGAUCCAGGUGAAGCCCGGGGACAGCCUGCCGCGGCGCGGGCCAGGGGCGACGGGGCCGGGGGCACCCGCGGCCGGGCACGGGGAGGAGCGCGUCGGAGGCGCCAAGGCGUCGCGCUGGCGCGGGCGGCAGAACCGCGAGAAGCGCUUCACCUUCGUGUUGGCGGUGGUCAUCGGCGUGUUCGUGGCGUGCUGGUUCCCUUUCUUCUUCACCUACACGCUCACGGCCGUCGGCUGCUCGGUGCCGCGCACGCUCUUCAAGUUCUUUUUCUGGUUCGGCUACUGCAACAGCUCGCUGAACCCGGUCAUCUACACCAUCUUCAAUCACGACUUCCGCCGCGCCUUCAAGAAGAUCCUUUGCCGGGUGGACAGGAAGCGGAUCGUGUGAGCGCGGAGUCCGCGCCCCGCGAACAGACUCGCGCAGACAGCGGCCGCUGGGAUCCAGGGGCGCGUCUACGCAGUCCCAGCUCUUCGAACCCGGGUCCUGCCUAUUCCUAGUUUCUUGGCCCGAGGGUUGCUCUGCGGC